UUACACACUAUCAGCAGAGACUCUACCCAGUUACACACUAUCAGCAGGGACUGUACCCAGUUACACACUAUCAGGAGAGACUCUACCCAGUUACACACUAUCAGCAGAGACUGUACCCAGUUACACAGUAUCAGGAGAGACUCUACCCAGUUACACACUAUCAGGAGAGACUCUACCCAGUUACACACUAUCAGGAGAGACUGUACCCAGUUACACACUAUCAGGAGAGACUCCACCCACUUACACACUAUCAGCAGGGACUGUACCCAGUUACACACUAUCAGCAGAGACUGUACCCAGUUACACACUAUCAGCAGGGACUGUACCCAAUUACACACUAUCAGCAGAGACUGUACCCAGUUACACACUAACAGCAGAGACUGUACCCAGUUACACACUAUCAGGAGAGACUGUACCCAGUUACACACUAUCAGAAUACCCAGUUACACACUAUCAGAAGACACUGUACCCAGUUACACACUAUCAGGAGAGACUGUACCCAAUUACACACUAUCAGCAGAGACUCUACCCAGUUACACACUAUCAGAAGACACUGUACCCAGUUACACACUAUCAGGAGAGACUGUACCCAAUUACACACUAUCAGCAGAGACUGUACCCAGUUACACACUAUCAGCAGAGACUUUACCCAGUUACACACUAUCAGCAGGGACUGUACCCAGUUACACACUAUCAGAAUACCCAGUUACACACUAUCAGAAGACACUGUACCCAGUUACACACUAUCAGGAGACUGUACCCAAUUACACACUAUCAGCAGAGACUCUACCCAGUUACACACUAUCAGAAGACACUGUACCCAGUUACACACUAUCAGGAGAGACUGUACCCAAUUACACACUAUCAGCAGAGACUGUACCCAGUUACACACUAUCAGCAGAGACUUUACCCAGUUACACACUAUCAGCAGGGACUGUACCCAGUUACACACUAUCAGCAGAGACUUUACCCAGUUACACACUAUCAGCAGGGACUGUACCCAGUUACACACUAUCAGGAGAGACUGUACCCAAUUACACACUAUCAGCAGAGACUGUACCCAGUUACACACUAUCAGGAGGGACUGUACCCAGUUACACACUAUCAGGAGAGACUGUACCCAGUUACACACUAUCAGGAGAGACUGUACCCAAUUACACACUAA